AUGACUACAUCUCUUCAAGAUUCUUCUCCUUCUUUGACCCAAAAUUCUCAAGAAAUCAUGUCUCCCAACUCCACAAAUAGGGACUUCAACCAAUGUAAUGGUGUGGAACAAUUUCUUCCCACUAAUGUGCAAAGCUUUAAGUCCCCUUUAAACACAUUGCUACAAAAGAUGAGAUUGAGCAUUAAUAAUAACACAGGUGAGAAGAUUGUGCUGAAAUCAUGGAGAAGCCUUUCUGAUCCAUCUGUUGGAAUCUUCUUUGUUGGAAUUGAUCCUCUAACAGUUGUACAAUUGGCUGGGUGGAAUGGAAAUAGUUUGUAUUGGCUCAAUGGUCUUUGGGAUGGUCGGAUUUUCAUUGGACUAGAAACUAUGAAUCAUAGUUAUCUCAAUCGCGUUACUUUCGAGUAUGAUGAGGGAAGUGCAUCUAUAUGGAAAAAUAGUGAGGAUGGUGUGGAACAUGGAGAAGCAAGAUUAGGCGGUCACUUGGUCAAUCGCAACUCAAUCAAGUCCCUAGUUUGUAGUUGCUCGCCAGGCUUUAAGCCUGCUUACAAAGAGGAAUGGGAACAUAGGAACUUCAAUGGCGGCUGUUGUGAGAAGAAUGGGACAGGCAAGAAAGAGGGCUUCCAGAAGCUCACAAGAAUGAAAUUACCAGAUUCACAAGACACAUUGUUUAUUCCAGAAACAUAUACAUAUUAUCUGGGGAUAGAUUGCAUGUUGUGGAGCGAAUGUUUAGUUGAGUUGCAGGAGGUUUCCAAACAUGGGGCAGAUCUUUACAUUCAUCUUACAUCUUCUGAGCUUGGUGAUUCCUUCUGCUUUAACCGCAGCUUCUGCUACAUG